AUGCAUCUCUUUGUUUCCAUUUGGCAUAUUCCCUUAUUCAUUGCGUCUGCGGUAGGUAUUCAGAAUGUCGACGUCGCUAUCAUCGGCGGUGGUUUGUCGGGUCUAGCCACAGCCAAGGAGAUUGCAAAGGCCGGCAAGAGCUUUGCUAUCCUUGAGGCUCGCGACCGCCUACGCGUUGAGGAGCUCGGGGCGGAAUUCGUCGGCCCAACCCAGGAUCGUGUGCUCGCCCUCGCAGCUGAGCUUAGCCUGACAGCAUACCCAACAUACACGGCUGGGAAAUCGAUCUCUGCCGAGCUCGUUAGUCUGAUGACAGAACUUAACAAGUUGGCGAGUGAACUGGACGUGGAUGCCCCAUGGAGAUAUCCAAAAGCGUCAAUAUGGGAUGGCAUGACCCUAAAAUCAUUCCUUGAAGCUCGGAUCACGCUGCAAGAUUCGCUGUUCCUCUUCGAGACUGCUAUACGGUCUAUUCUUUCUACAGAGACCAAAGAACCAUCUCUUCUGUACAUGCUGUCAUACAUCGCGGCUGCGGGUAACCAGACAACCCCAGGAUCUAUCAAUCGACUUGUUGGCGCCACCGGGUCAGCCCAGGACAGCCGGAUAAAUGGCGCUCAAUUUAUUCUGCCUGUCAGUACUCAGUUAUUGGCGACGGCGUUGGCCGAGAAGCUUGGAGCACAAAACAUUUACCUAGACUCACCAGUGGGCAAGGUUAAGCUCAAUGGUGGCCGAUACACGGUAAUGUCCAACAGGCUGCAAGUGUCAGCUAAACACGUUGUUGUUGCCAUGUCUCCUCCAUUGGCAGGACGGAUUUUCUAUGACCCAUUGCUGCCCGCGGGCCGGGAUCAGCUCACUCAGCGCAUGCCAAUGGCAUUUGAUAACACCCCAGCCAAUACGCGCGCGCUUGACAAAGUCUCACAAACCGAAGUAAAAAGGCUAGUCAUAGACGACCUGGUCAAGCUCUUCGGGCCCCAGGCGGCUAGUGCCAGUCAGGUACUCUUACAGCAAUGGGAUAUGGAGGAAUUCUCACGCGUGCUUACACAGUACGGGUGUUACUUACGCAACCCUGCCGGCAAUAUACACUUUGCUGGCACUAAAACCUCUCCCUACUGGACCGGAUAUAUGGAUGGUGCUAUACGCUUCGGUGAACGGGCUGCGGCGGAGGUUAUAGCAUUUUUUGAAUUUGACAUGCUCACUGGGGGCCAGGAGGCUUAA